UAAUUAUUAUCAUCAUAAUGGAUUGGGAAGAAGAAGAAGUUUAUUUUAAUUUUAACUAUACAGCUGUGUUUGCUUAGAAUUAUUAUAGAAAUGGCUAAAAAACCAAGGAUCGGAAUAAUUGGUGCUGGAAUUGCCGGAAUAUAUGCAGCUCGAACACUUUACCGUAAUGGUUUGAAUGAUGUAAUUAUUUUCGAAGCUUCUGAUCGAAUUGGUGGUAGAAUCUGGUCGAUUAAACAAGAUAAUGAUGAAUGGAUCGAAUUCGGUGCACAAUGGAUUCAUGGUCAACAAGAUAAUAUUCUAUAUGAAUAUGCAUCAACAAGAAAUUUGAUUGCCGAUCCAAAAUAUGAUUAUGGUAUUGAAGGUAAUGGUUAUUAUUGUAAUGAAAAUGGUGAAACUAUUGAUGAUGAUGAAUGUCCAUUGGUAAAAAAAUUGAUCAACUAUCUGGAUGAAUCAAAAAAUCGAAUGAAUAAUGCAAUCGAAUGUGAUCAAAAUGUUUUCGAUUAUUUUGUCGAACAAUUUAAUCAAUUUAUUCAAUCAUCCAAUGAUAUUAUUAUCGAUGAAAGAAUAUUGAAAAUACUAAAGAAUAUUUUUCGUUGGUUUAUUAUUUAUGAAGUUAUUGAUAAUUCUUGUGAAAAUUUACAAACAUUAUCCGCACUUUCCUAUACUGAAUGGGAAAAUUGUCUAGGUGAUACGGAUUUAAUUCAUUUUCAAAAGAAUUAUAGCAGUAUUUUUGAUGAAUUUGAAAAAGAUUUUCCCUUAACCGAUUGCGUAUGGCUUCAAAGUCAAGUAAAAAAAAUUGAAUUCAUCCAUCGAAAUGAUUUACACGAUACACAGGUAAAAUUAUAUGUUUAUUUUGAUAAUAAUGAAAUUGAAAACAAAGAAAUGAUUUUCGAUCAUGUAAUAAUAACAUCAUCGAUUGGUUUUCUAAAGGAAAAUCUAAAAAAUGAUUUUUUUAGUUUUGAUUUUCCGAAAGAAAAACGUCAAAUAAUCAAUGCAAUUGGUUUCGGUACAAUCAAUAAAAUAUUCCUGGAAUUUGAUCAACCAUUCUGGAAUGAUCAAGUUAAAGGUUUUCAAAUUGUUUGGCAAAAUAUUCAAGAUGAUCAUUCAUUUCCGGAUAUCGACAAUCAAUCAAUAGUUUGUCAAUCAGAAACAGAAAAAUUUCCCAAAUGGGUGUAUUGUAUACAAGGUUUUGAUAUUGUACGUAAUCAACCAAAAAUGUUAAUGGCAUGGAUUGGUUCAUAUGGUGCUCGACAAAUGGAACAUUAUUCGGAUGAAGAAAUAAGUAAAAUUUUAACGAAAAUAUUACAAAAAAUUGUACCAAAACAUUGUUUAAUCAGAACGAUUGAUAAACCUCGUAAUAUAUAUUGUAGUCGUUGGUUUAGUAAUCCAUUUUUUCGUGGUUCAUAUAGUAAUCGUACGAUAAAAUAUCAAAAAAUCAAUAACAAUGAUGAUGAUGGUGGUGGAUAUAAUAUCGAUAUACUUGUCAAACCGAUAUACGAUAAUAAUAACGAUGAAAAAAAACCAUUAUUAUUAUUUGCAGGUGAAGCAACCGACCGAAAAUAUUAUUCAACAACACAUGGUGCAAUGAAAUCUGGUGAACGUGAAGCAUUACGUUUGAUUUGUUUUUAUAAUCAAAAAUGAAAGAAAGAAAAAAAUGAUGAUGAUAAUUUUUGUUUAUU